AUGUCUGCAGGCUAUCCGAAAUAUCGCGGUAGACCCGAGCCCUUCCAAUAUGCCACUCCUCCAAUUCGGCGACAUCCCACCGAAAGAAAAGCCCAGCGAGGGCGUUCCAGACUCGAGUCCUUCUUUCAGCUCGAUCCCACCCCUUUCGCCGCCCGUAUUCGCUACACUCAAUGA